AGGGAGGAUUAAGAAGGAGGAGAGAGGGUGAGGGGGAACAGACCCACUGGCUGCCUGCGCCUUGGUCUAAAGUGCCUCUUGCUUCGCUGGCUGAGCUGGUAACUUUGAAGAAACAGUGAAGCCGAAGUUGAGCAGUUAACAUCUGCAAGAGAUUGUCAAGCGUACCUACCUGAAGAAAUAAUGACCGCAAAUUUAGCACAAAGUCCCUCCCGCCCUCCGGGGUUCUCGCAUCCAGAAGAAGGCCUGAGGCAUUCCCGGUUAUCUGGGAACCAGGGCUUGAACCCGUGCAGAGCAGGACGCUUCGGCAGGACCCCAGAAUGGCGGUCCGCGUCGCCUUCCUUUCGCCCGGCACCAGGGCGUAGGACAAGCACCCGGGCCUCACCCUGCGCGGUCCCCGAGGCCUGGGCGCGCGGCGUGUGCGGGGCCGGGCAGGCGCGCGGGGAGGGCGGCAGGCGCGGGAGGGACGCCGCGGCUGGGCUCCCGCAAGGCCGCCCCAUGGCCCCGCCGCGCCCGCCCCGCCUGGUGCCCGCGCUGCGCGCCCUGCUCUACUGGUCCCUGGUGUACGGCUACUGCGGGCUGUGCGCCUCCGUCCACCUGCUCAAACUUUUGUGGAGCAUCGGCAGGGCACCCGCGCAGACCUUCCGCCGGGCGGCCCGGGCAAACCCUCCGGCGUGCCUGAACGACCCCUCCUUGGGGACCCACUGCUACGUGCGGAUCAAGGACUCAGGGUUAAGAUUUCACUAUGUUGCUGCUGGAGAACGGGGCAGACCACUCAUGCUGCUGCUUCACGGAUUUCCAGAAUUCUGGUAUUCUUGGCGUCAUCAGUUGAGAGAAUUUAAAAGUGAAUACAGAGUUGUCGCACUGGAUUUGAGAGGCUAUGGAGAGUCAGAUGCACCGACGCAUCAAGAGAGUUAUAAAUUGGACUGUCUAAUUGCAGACAUAAAGGAUAUUUUAGACUCCUUAGGGUAUAGCAAAUGUGUCCUGAUUGGCCACGACUGGGGAGGCAUGAUUGCCUGGCUGAUUGCCAUCUGCUACCCUGAGAUGAUAAUGAAGCUCAUUGUUAUUAACUUCCCACAUCCAAGUGUGUUUACAGACUACAUAUUGCGGCACCCUGCCCAGCUGUUCAGAUCUAGCUUUUAUUACUUCUUCCAAAUACCAUGGUUCCCAGAAUUUAUGUUCUCAAUUAAUGAUUUCAAGUUAUGUGUUAGCCCAGCCAAGCCAGAAUUUACUGGCACUGUGCCAAAUUUAUGUUGCCGCUAG